GUAAAAUGCUGUGGGUUCCAUGAACAACACAACCACAGGAAGUAACUUGUAUUUAUUUAUUUGUUUAUUUUAACUUCAGUAAGCUAUGGAAAGUCAGAAUUACCUUGGAAGAAAGUAACUGGGAUUACAACAGAGGGUGCACCGUAUGACUGGACAAAAGAGUGGGCUGGCUAGCAGUGCUGGAAAAAAUUUAAGAAAUGCAGAAGUACCAGUUUUUUUUACACGUCAACAUUCAUUAUGUUUAAAAGUUGCAGAAUCAGAACACGUAAGAAGCAUUGUUAUCAAGUGUGCCAGAAAAGAAGUGCCAAGUGUGCAGACAGAAGUCAUAAAAAGAUGCACUGAGCACCUUCCGACCGCUCUUGUUGCCAUGAGUAACAGCCACCCGCUGCGCCCCUUCACCUCGGUGGCAGAGAUUGACCACGUGCACAUCCUGUCGGAGCACGUGGGCGCGCUGAUCCAGGGAGAGGAGUACAGCGACGUCACCUUCAUUGUGGAGAAGAAGCGCUUCCCCGCGCACAGGGUCAUCCUGGCUGCACGCUGCCACUACUUCAGAGCUCUGCUGUAUGGAGGGAUGAAGGAGUCACAGCCCCAGGCAGAGAUCCCUCUGGAGGACACCACAGCGGAGGCGUUCAGCAUGCUGCUGCAAUACAUCUACACGGGGUGUGUGUCCAUGAGCAGCGAGAGCGAGGAGGUGCUGCUCGACUUCCUGAGCCUGGCUCACCGCUACGGGUUUGAGCAGCUGGAGGACUCCACCUCAGAGUACCUGCGCACCAUCCUCAACACGCAGAAUGUGUGCCUCAUCUUCGACGUAGCCAGCCUCUACUCCCUGGGCAAACUCAGCACCACCUGCUGCACCUACAUAGACCGCAACGCAACUGACGUACUGGCCAGCGAGGGCUUCCUGUCCAUGUCCAGGCCGGCCCUGCUCAUUAUGGUACGUCGGGACUCGUUUGCUGCCCCAGAGAAGGAGAUCUUCCAGGCGCUGUGCCGCUGGUGCCGACACAACUCCACCGAGCUGCCAGAGGAGGUGAUGGGUGCGGUGCGGCUGCCGCUGAUGAGCCUGGAGGAGAUGCUGAACGUGGUGAGACCAUCUGGACUGCUGUCCCCCGACGCCCUGCUCGAUGCCAUCAAGAUCCGGUCUGAGAGCCGGGACAUGGACCUCAACUAUAGAGGCAUGCUGAUCCCAGAGGAGAACAUUGCCACUAUGAAGCAUGGUGCCCAAGUGGUGAAGGGGGAGCUGAAGUCGGCCCUGCUGGACGGAGACACACAGAACUACGACCUGGACCACGGGUUCUCGCGCCACCCCAUCGAAGACGACUGCCGGUCAGGCAUUGAGGUGAAGCUUGGCCAGCCCUCCAUCAUCAAUCACAUCCGCCUUCUGCUGUGGGACAGGGACUCACGGUCGUAUUCGUACUACAUUGAGGUGUCAAUGGAUGAGCUGGACUGGGUGCGCGUGGUCAAUCACUCCAAGUACCUGUGCCGCUCCUGGCAGAACCUCUACUUCCCUCCCCGUGUCUGCAGGUAUAUCCGCAUUGUAGGCACUCACAACACUGUGAAUAAGGUGUUCCAUGUGGUGGCGUUCGAGUGCAUGUUCACAAACCGACCCUUCACGCUGGAGAGAGGCCUAUUGGUGGCCUCAGAGAAUGUGGCGACGAUCGCGGCCUGUGCCAGCGUGAUCGAGGGGGUGAGCCGAAGCCGAAACGCCCUGUUGAACGGUGACACCAAGAACUAUGACUGGGACUCGGGGUACACCUGCCACCAGCUGGGCAGCGGGGCAAUCGUGGUGCAGCUCGCUCAACCCUACAUAAUUGGAUCAAUAAGGUUGUUGCUGUGGGACUGUGAUGACCGGAGCUACAGCUACUACAUUGAGUUCUCCACCAACCAGCAGCAGUGGACAAAGGUCAUCGACCGCACAAAGGGUGGCUGCAGGUCGUGGCAGACACUUACCUUUGAGAGGCAUCCUGCUUCCUUCAUCAGGAUCGUGGGGACACACAACACUGCCAACGAGGUGUUCCACUGCGUUCACUUCGAGUGCCCAGCCCAGCUGGACUGCGAGGUGAAGGAGGGCAGCCCAAGAGAACCUGUCCAGGACCCGUCAGACUCCCGGCCCCCGCAGCCCUCCAGAGCACAAAGCCUGCAGCCUCCCUCCCCCUCCCCCUCGGGGUCCUCCUCCUCCACUACAUCGAGAGCUCACUCGCGCCACUGAGAGAGACUCACGCACUGCAUGGAAACCCAGCUGCCAGCCAUGGUGCACUCUUUGUUUAUAUAUUUUAUAUGCUGUUGCGCUACUGUACAGUAGCCCUCUGGUCAGAUCUCAGAUGUUCUCAGCUCCAAUAGGCCUGUCUCUCUCUCUCUCUCUCGCUCUUGUUUUGAUUGUUUGUUUAAUGCGCAUAAAACUGUCAGUGUGCGUACAGACAGCUGCAGCCUUGCGAGGCUGCUAGUAAUGCGUUUUGCUUUUUAUGUGAAGGGUUAAAACAAAAAAAUGUGCGCCUGGGGGUCCUGGCAGACUAGAUUUGAGGAGCUCAUCACAUAAUGCAAUCUCCAUAUCUGCGUCUGUAUCCGCAGAGCGGUCUAAAAAAAUCUGAACGAGAGCCACUUCCAACAGGGAUUUCAAUAUUUUAAAUGUUUAAACAACUGUUGGCAAAGAUAUGCAUGUCAACUGAAGAGGUCAGUCGUAGUGUUUUUAUACUGUAGGACGUGUGCAGUGGAACGUCAUUUUCUAUGUUCACGUAAAACUCAAUAUGUUAAAGUUUAAAUGUAAACCGAAUCUAACAUCCCAAGCAUCUAGUGACCUGGCUGUGCCCUAUACCUGCCUCCGGGUUGUGGGUUCUAUGUAUCCUACUGUACUGUUGUGUGUGUUUGUGUGUAAAUGUUUAUGUGUGUAGGACGCAGCACCUAAAUCCUCAUCACACAGCUCUCUUUUAAAUUCAUUGAUAAGAUGUGAAGAAACCUUGCUGUGUGAAAACAGGAGAAAGUUGAGCUGCCCAUGACAGCACAUGACAACCUCGCUGUGCGAAGUAAUCUGAAAUUAUCGCCACCUACAGUACACAUUAGAAAGAGUGUGUCUCAUGAGGUAGGGGGUCAGGGGACAAGCAGUAUUUUAUAUUAAACAAGCUUCCACCAAAUAAUGAGCUUGUGGGCUGAGCUGAGGGGGCUGUAAUUGCACUCCUGAUUGAUUUGCAUUGAGAUGCAUGGCUGUGUCAGCAAGAAGGGCUGCAUCCAGCUUGCUGGUGUCACUGGGGGUUUGCUAGCGCCCGCAGGACUGUCCCAGUGAGGCACCAGGCUGGGAAACUCUGCUCUGAUUGUAAAGCAGGGUCGGUAAUUACCCAGGCCGACGCUGUCACAAGGAUGAAGCGAGUGCAGCAGUCCUCAGAGAGAGAGCGAGAUAGCACACAGGAAUAUUAUCCACACACCAGUUUUCACUCUCACAGGAUACAACAAUUUUUUUUUAUAAAUAAAGCACCGCUUGCAUAUCAUUACUAUAAAUUGCCUUGCUAGUUUUUGCAUUCCAAAAGAAAAAAAAAAGUGGGUUCUACUUGAAAUUGCAUUCGUUAUUCUUGAAUCAGUUUAAUAAGAAAACCAAAUGUGGUCAAAUAGUAACAUUUUCAAUUUCUAAGAGUGUAGAAACAGUGAUUUAUAGCUUUUCUUUCCUAUCCAGUCACAAUAUACUGUGUGGUUUUUAUACGUCUGUUAAAGAUAGAGUACUACAGUUCUUGGACUUGCUGUUAUUUGGAUUAACUGUGCCAUGUAGAUGCCCAAAAUUAUGAAUUCUCAGUGCUGUGGCUCGGUUAAUAGAAGCAGAAUUGUAAAUCUUUUGUGUUUUAAUCAUAAAGGUGGUGCUGGGAGGCUAGGGCACAGGGGUGAAAGAUAAUUGAACUCAAUAAGGGGACGGCAUUAAUCAGGCACAAUAGAGCAAUCAAUAUACAAUUAAAAAAACAACCCUCUGUCCUCUCUCCUCUGACAGCAGCAGCCAUGUACAGUUCAGCACUGCUGUGUGUGUGUGCGUGCACUCAUCUCACAGACCUCACUGUACCUCACCUCCUUUCCAGGCCCCAUGUAGCAGAAGAAACACAGUUCUAAAUUAGGUGGAAACAGACUUGGGACAGAGGGCAGGCAACACUCAUUGACUGUGUUGAGGGUUUGGAAUGGGUUACCUAGCCAUGUUGUUGAUGCUAAAUAACUGGGAUCCUUUAAGACAAAGCUUUGAGAUCAAUCAGUUACUCAGAACCAGACGAGCACUGAUGGGCUGAAUGGCCUCCUCAUUCUUAAUUUUUUCUAAUGUUCUUAGAAUUGGAGUAAAAAAAAGGUGGCAAAUGCAAAAUCUUUCUUGUAAAACGUACUGCUGUGUGCUUUCACAUGCAGCCUGGAUGAGGUUAAACUGCACCUGUACAAUAGAGCUUACACAUUUUAAAGAAUGUCAGAGAAAUAUUGUAUUUAACUGUUAGAAAAAUGCCUUGUUUUGUAAAUUGCCUUCAUAGAAGUAUUGUGUUGUUGUUGUUAUUAUUAUUAUUAUUAUUAUUAUUAUUGUUAUUAUUAUUAUUAUUAUUACCGCUCUGUAUGCUGAAUCAAAGAUCAGCUCAACCCACUUAGGCCUUGACUUCCAAAAGCUGAUAUAAAUUGAUUUACAUUUUUUUCUGUAUGUAUUUAUAUAUAUUUUACUCAAUUAAGACACAGUGGGCAAAAUUCCGUAAACAUUAUAUCCAGUGCAACGGGGUUGUAAAGUUGACGUUAAGGCAAAGGUGUGUGUGUGAAAUUACAGAUUGUCCACUGUUUUGCCAUACCAAGUAUUUUUACAAAACUAACAUUACACUUUAAAGUUACAGUGUGCAGUGCAAAAUCACAUCAUGAUAAAACACAUUUUGUAGGUGACAAACGCUAGAAUAAAAGUCGCUGCAUUUAUAAAAUAUAUGAAAAUGGUCAAUACAAGCUGUCGUAGUGUCUAAAAAAAAAUCUAAAAUUUGAUUUGUAGCGUAACAGGAAAGCGUAAUCAAUCAGACUGCGGAGUUCGUAUCAUCUGAUGUGAAACCGCUAAACUCUGUGACUUCAUCAUCUGAACCGUCAUCAUUGCCGAUGUCAGCAAUUGUCUGAAGCAUUAAUGCACCGGAAAGUAAUGGUAAAAUGGCAGCUCUGGAGUAAAUGUUUAGGGAAUUGUACCCUGUGUUGAUUCCUUAGUUCUCAGAGUGCCUGUGGGAAUCUGUCUCACAGAUUCCUGGAAUGCCUGCGGGCACCAGUAGUGUAUUGGGUGAAUCUGCAGGGGACAGUCUGUCCUCUGUCCAAACAGCACCUCGGUGCCCCAGCCUGCACCUUCAGGCGGUGCUUCUUAAUAAAUUAGACUCUUCAGAAAAACGCAAUUCUGAGAUCACAGAAAAAAAAGAAAAAAAACCCUCAGAUUUAGGCCCCACUUGCAGAAUUUUUAAUGCAUAGCAAAAAAACUGAAAAGAUGUAAAAUGUUCAAGAAUAUGGCAAUAAAAAGUUAAAAACAUUACAGUAAUUGCAGAUAUGGUUGUAUAUUAUAAUGCAGAGAGCAGGUUUUGUUCAGGUUCUGCAGGGACUGCCUCACUGGGAGAGGUUAGUAUUUGGAAGCAUACAUAAUAAAGGUGCAGCAUGUGAUUAUUUUACUAGGGAAACAGUGAUUUCAAACUUCAACUUUACUUACCAAAGUGUAUAAAACAUGUCAGUAAGCAGUUAUAUUUUUAGUUUGUUCAAACUGUACUUAAGGAUCUAAACAAAAUAUGAAACAUUUACUCAGUAAUAGUUUUUUUUUUCCAGCAAAUUUGUAGCAUAUGACCUAUUUUGCACUGGCAGAAAGAUACAUUACAUAAAGGUUCAUUUAAAGUUUCAAAUGUUAUUGUUUUUUUGUUUUUUUUUCUAUAACAUAAUCAUAGAACCAUUUUCUAAGAGCAUUAACCCACUUAUAUUACUGCACUUCUGGGUGGUUGAAGAUCCACCUGUGUCGUACUGUCGUGGGUUAUUUAGCCACUUUUCCUUAUUUAUUAAUACUCAUUUGCACUGUUUAAUUCAUUGCUGCACAAUUGGACAAGUUAUUUGCAGAAAAUCCAUUUUUGAAAUUGUCACUGCAGAUUUCCAUGGGGCCUAAUAAAAGUUUACCAUAGUAAAUUGCAUUUAAUGUAGCAGUUUUGUUAAGUUUUACCCAUGGCUUUACUGUGCGUUUAUCAUAGUUGGCCUUGGUUUGAUAUGUUUUUUAGUAAGUUUACCAUGUUUUCACUAUGCUUUAUUGCACUUUUAGAAGUGAUGUGCUGAAGAACCAAAGUCCUGUGCACAACCAGACAGUGCUGCUAUCGUACGAAAGUUAGUGCUCUAGCUUCUGCAAGACCGGCUGCCCAUGGGUGUUCCUGGAUCUAAACGCUUACAGCUUUGUGAUUUAAUUACAGCUGUCCUGCUGAGCAGUUUCUCUACAUAGGUUUUCUUUAGGUAGCAUUUGAUUUUGACUGCACACAGUGGAGUUGAGGGGAUGCCUCAGAGGCACACUUUGAACUGAACCUCUUCAGAGGGUUUAAGUGUCUUUUUUUGUAAUGAGGGAGUUUGUGGGGAGCCUGUUUAGUAUAUAUUCUGUGGAUAUGUAUACAGGUUGCAAUAAAGGUAUUCAUAUUUUGUGUGUGGUUGUGAGAGGAUCUGUUUAUGUAUGACUGUACAGAGUGUGUGUGUGUGACUGGGUGUACAUGAUAAGGAUCUAAUUAAGUUUAUCUCAGCAGACAAGCUUCAUCCAUAAUUAUUAAAGACUCAAUACUGUUAUAUUUAGAAAUACUAAAAGAAACCUAAUAAAUCAAUAGCAAACAUUUUGGCUAUAAGUCUUUCGACUAGAUUUUUGUUCUAAAUGACUUAAGAUAUUGUGAAAGUCUUUUAGUUGAAACAUUUACCAUUUAAUAUUACUAGAUUUCUUUUAGUAUUUUUAAAUCUAGCGCAGUUGUCCAUAUGGCUCAAUGUUCACUGCGACAGUUCCAUUGCAGUGCAUUCGCAUAUGUUUUACCUGUCUCAGAUACCUUUCACAUCUCUAUUUUCUUUAAAAGAAACAGGACUACACAGGGACUCAGUCUGCAAAUAAAAUGGUUACAAAUGUGACUUUUUUGAGCAGACCAAACCAACUGAACCAGAGCAGCUCCUGAAUACAAACACGUGCGUGCGUGCGUGCGUGCGUGCGUGUUUUCACCUGUGUCUCACCCAGUCUCACAGUACUUGCACCAGACUGAACAAAUGCUUCUAAAGGAGUGGUGAGAAACUGGCAUGGUAGUGACCAUUGAAGUUUGACUUGUUAGUGAGUUUGAGCAGUUUACAUACAGUACAGCAUGUGCUUUGAGCACGGAUGAGCUGAUGUGUCUGCAACCGGCCCCAUCUUCCGCCCACACUUUAGAGAGCAACCUGUUUCACCAGAUUAUCAGAAUCCAUUUCACUAAACUCUGCCUGCUGCAGUGAAAGCACCUGGCACUAAAGUGUGGAUUCAAUGCAUUUUUUAUUUAGAAAAUUGUCCUAGGAGUCAAAGAAGCAUUUUUUCAUUGAAUCCACACCUUGUUAUUUCUGCAGACUAAUCUGUUAAAUGAAGUGCUGAAACAGGCUGCAUAAGAUAUGUUUUUGAGUUAUGAAGAUUUUUCGGCAAGUUUUUGUACAUCGAGGAAGUUGUUCUGUAAUUCAAGCACAAAAGGAAGACUGUACCCCUGCAAUAAAAUGCUGUUCCACCUGAA